AUGCCGCCCGGAUACCGCCGUCCGUCGGGGAAUAGUCUAAGUCCGUACGACCAACAACAGCAGCAGCAGUCCUCGGACGUGCCUCAACCAUUUCCUCGCGCAACGUCCCCCAGCGGCUUCGGUGGCCUACUCUCAAAGCCAGCAAAAUGGUUCUCCCGAUCAAAUAAUAACAACGCGACCCCUCGUCCUCGCGCGCCGUCCAACACGUCUGAACCGCGUUCAUCGACGUCGAGCUAUGUUCGGAAACCGAAGAUCUCCCAGCCGACGGACCCGCGUCCGAUCCUGGCUUCUGCAUUAUCCGAACCAUAUAUCCAUGCUGGUGCUGGUGCUCCCGCAAUGGGUAAACACGCUCACGCGUCACGUUCCGUGUUCGAUCUAUCCCUGGCACGGACGCAGACUGCCGCGCCGGACGUCGACUCUGCCGCCAGCUCUCCUUCGGGCCGUAAGAGGCCGAACGUGCCUCCUCUGGGUGAUCUACGCGGCCUGUCGCGCAAACCGUGGUCACGCUCGGCCGAUGAUCUGUCAAAAGCGCCACCCAGCCCGGCUUCUGCAUCAAUGCAGGACAAAGUCUCGCAGUACCGUCAGGCAGAAUCGCCGAUAUCUGUCUCGCGCCACUCGCCCAGUCCCUCUGCACACUCUCAGUACCUCUUCCCUGUGAUCACCAACGCGACCUCUCCACCGACCUCGCCCAAUCUCUCUUCGAGCCCUCCAAGUAGCCCAAGUCAUCUGCACGCCCGCAGUCACUCGUUUACGCCCAAGUUGCCGUCCAAGCUCGGCCCCGUGAGCCCGGUGCGCAAGAUGAGUGCCGGCAGCACCCAUACUCUCCAGGAGCCCGUGCCCGAUAUGCCGCCUUUACCUGCUUCGCAAAAGGCGUUCGCAGGCCGUGGCGCAUUUCCGUUCACAUUCGGCGCAAAGUCCCCUUCCCCAUCUCAUCCCAAUGACUCCCCGACGGACUUGUUACCGCCACCUGUCAUCGUUGAGCCAGAUAGGCGUGUCCAGGGGGAAGCAAAUAAGCGAGAGAGCGUGAGCGGGACGAGCCACUCGGGUUUGGUUUCACGUUUGACGGAUUACGCGCCCGCGAGUGGAGCUGGGAAGAACUGGAAACCGUUCAAGAUGGUCCUGCGGGGCACAAAGCUACAGCUCUACAAAAUCCCGAACGAUAGGGCCACAGCCGUGAAGGAUCUGUUUCCGACAGGGUUCGUGGCGGUCGAGGAUGAGUUGGAAGAAGAGGAAGAGGAGGGUGCGAAGGUUGGAGGGGGAAGUGCGGGUGUUACACCGACAGAUGAGCGCCCGUCUACAGCUCAGCCUACCCGGAGACGACGAGCGUUCUGGGGCCGCGGAACGCAUCCUGAUCUUGUGCGCAACUCGACUGGCAUAAUCGAGCGUGGGACAGUGGAAGCGCUCGUGCACGAAGCUGCUUUUGGCACCACCUUUUCUGACGACGGCGCUUAUCGCAACUUCGCGCGUACCGUCUUAUUUGGGUUACCGCCUGCCUCCGACGCGAGCAAGUUUGAGGCGGAGUUCAUACGGUUAUGCGGCUCGUAUGUAUCUGGUGCAGAAGAUACACGUGCAGCCCGUGCAAGAGUACGAUGGCUCGUGGACGAAUAUACCUCAUAUCACGGCGCCGCGAAUGACGCCCAGGCUUGGACGGACUUUCUGGCCGAAACCCUCCCUCCCGAGCCCGAAGCCGAUCCGGAGCCCUCGUCAAGCGUUGAAAAGCGAGAACCGCCCAGUACACCGGACAACAGGGCAUCUGCCUCAGUAUCUGCCAGCACUCGUGCUCUAUUCGCCGACAGCCCGAUAUUGAAUGGCGAGAGCCGACCAAACCUCAAGCUCGCGUCACCAGUCUCUCCACCAGCCAAUAAGCUCACUUCCUCAGCAACGGGGCUGAACAUGCCAGCCGUCCCGCCGACGCCGACGAGCCCUGGCUUCGGCAACUCCCCAGGCUCGAGUGCCCGUGGAGCGUUAUGGUCGAGCAUCGAGCGCGAGGGUCUGACCAAGCGCGCUUUGCUAAGGCUUGCACCGGCGGAAGUCGCACAUGCUCUGCGAGCGUAUCAUCUGCGUGUGCUCGCCGAUGCGCCUGAGAAGCUCAGGGUGGAGGACGUUGUCGGUACUCAGCCUAUCCCUGCGCUUCAAGCUCUGGGAGGAAGUGACGCAUCGCCACAUUGGUUGACCAAACUCAUAUUGCUACAUAUCUUUGUCCCCGAUGCGAGCUCCGGUGGCAAUGGCGGACAUGGAGAGGGUAGCAGUACGUCUAGCCGGACCUACGCUCGGGCCGAGGUGCUGGGCGCGUGGGCGCGCGUCGGCGAGGCAGCCCGGUUACAAGGCGACAUGUGCGCCUUCCGCGCUGUAUAUGCUGGUCUUACGGCGCGACCGGUGGCUAGACUGGAGAAGACGUGGAGGAGGGUCGAGAGUGGUGCGAGGGCGAUCGUCGAGGGAUGGGUUGAGCGAGAAGAAGGGAAGGAUGUGGAGGUGAAAGUGCCCUGGACAGGUGAUAUCUGCGCAAGGGUACGGGAUGCUGUAGGGGAAGCAAAGACGCAGACCGGCGAGGAAGCGCCGAUCUAUGCUGUCGUUCCCUUGAUGAGGGCGAGGGAGGAGUUUGAGACGUUGGGAAAUGCGCUAAGGGCUUGUGGACGCGGAGAGAUCGAAGUGGACGCGGAGGGGGAGAAGUAUGCCGAGAGUGAUGCGAGGUUGGGCGUUGUUUGGGAGGCAUUGGCCAAGACCGGUGGCGGCGUUGGCAACAUUGCGAGCCAAUUCAUACACGUCGACCAGUUCAUGUCGCUCUCUCUUGCAGCAGAAGCUCGGCGAGCGGGGCAAUACGAACCUCUGUUCUGGGCCCAUGCAUCCGCAGGCGCACCUCACCCUGGCAGCGCUAUCCUCUUACCGCUUCUCUUCCCGGAACAUACUCCUCAAUUGACGCUGAUCGACCGCGCCCAGCUCACGGCGGCGGCAUCGCGUGGGCGUCUAGAUUCAUCCGGCGCUACCGGGGCGCCUACUUCCUUAACCAUGGCGGAGGUGCAACGUGUGAGGAGACCGGGAGAGGCGAGGGUACAACAAAUGAGACGAAGAAGUAUGGGAAGGGAUGGUGUGGCAACUCCGACUGAGUUUGGAGGGACGAUCAUACCGCUCUUUGACGGGGAGCUGUUGAUGCUGGUGCAGCCGGACCCUACGGCAUCUUCCCGACCGUCCUCGAGACCGCCAUCAAGUCGACCACCGUCGAGUGUUGAGACAGCUGCUGCUGGUAUGCUCGGAGGCGUAGGGCGCACGCCGUCCAUUCGCGUACGAUCCGGUCAUGCUAGCCUCGAUCGGAAACCCUCGCUCGCGCGAAGGAGUUCGUUGCCCAGCAUAUCAGCCUCAGCGCGGACUUCUCUCGUCAUACCAGAGCACCCUUCUGUAUUGGCGCCCCCGGCACCAGAGGUCCGUGUACUCGUACAAGCCGGUACCCUCGACCGGCUGGUGGACGUUCUCGCACACGGCCUGCCAGGAGUGAGCGUCGGCGUAUCGGACGAUAACGGUGAGAUGCCCUUGCGCGAGCGUCGCGCGCGCGACCUCCGGCUUGACUCCGCGGAGUUCGCUCGCGUAUGGUGGUCUAGUUUCAGAUCAUUCGUCUCUCCGCUGGUCUUCUUCGAGCUAUUGCGCAAGCGCUAUGUCGCCGCAUCAGCAAGAGUUGAUGCUGCAGAGGUGGCGGUCAAACGGACGGACGUGGUCGAUGUGCUCCUGGCGUGGUUGCAUGAAGGAGGAGGCGCACUGGACAUGCUUAAUGACGGGGCUCUCCACGCAGCCGUGCAGGCCUUCGUGAGGAAUCCACCGGAUGUGGUCUCGGGAAGCCCUGGACCUGCUCCUACGAAGGCCGCUGCGGAGGCUCAAAUUAUCUUACAACAACGCUUGGCAGCAUUCGCCCGCGCGUUCAGAGCGCAGACCCUUCGACCCACCGACCGUGCCGUGCACGUAGUCGAUGUUGCUGUUCUCCAGCCGAGCCCCGGAAGCACGCCGCAGCCACUCACGUUAGACAAAGCCUCGCCCGAAGCCCUAGUCAACACACUCGACGCGAUGGCCCUCGCCGCGAUGCGGCAGGUGACGGAAGAAGACCUAUUGAUCGCAGCGGACCUUCUCGAAGUGCAGAGCGCGGACAGACUCGGUUGGCUCGCGCCGUGGGACCCACCCGCAGGACAAAGCGACGAUGCGGAGCUACAGAGCGUCUAUACCGCCUUGCGCGAUGUCCCGCCUUCGGGAGGAGGGCACGAUGAAUUGUUCCGGCUGUUCCCACCCGCUCUUCGUUCGGCGCUUAGGGCACAUCAUGUUCUCAGGAAAUGGAUACUCGCGCAGAUCGUGGCGCCGAGGUUGGGCCUACAUACGAGAGCGCAACGGAUGGAGAGUGUUAUUCAAGCCAUCGAGGUCGCGCGGGCAAGGAGUGAGGCGGACGACACCCAGCAUGUUCGGCCAGGGGAGAGGCGAGUCGUGCGCUCUUUCGCGGAACAUGUUCUCACGGCUGCUGUAUUGGCGCCCGAGAGCCGGGCCCAUGCUCGCGCAUGGGUGAACGUUGCAGCCGGGAGGGGCGUCGUGUUGGACACUCUGACAAGCGUUCUUGUGAGAGAUGUCGACGAGGCAGAUGGACCACCGCUUACGACCGAUGUGGGAUGGUUGCUCGAACGUGUACUGGAGGUGCUCAGUCUGCCGGAUACGUUCGAGGCAGUCACUGAGACUGGGCGGGUGAUCAACUUCGACAAGAGGAGGCACCUAUGUAAUCUCAUCGUCGACACCCAGUCGCCCACCAGUCGCAGGCGCGAGAUCAGCAGGCACGAUCUUGAGCGCUUAAGCAUCAUCGAACGCGAGUACGGGGAUGCAUCACUCGACAUGCGUCUCAUUCGUGAUGAUGCCGCUCGGGAAGCCGCCAACGCACCACCAACGCGCAAUCGAGGCCCACGUCCGUUCCAACGACUUGUCACCCAACAACUCGACAAGAACAAGCGGGAUCGUCUCCUACGCGACCGCCUCACUCGUGAGAGACGUGCCGAGCAAGCAAGGGCCGACAGGCGUGAACUGGACCAAGGCGUUCCAGCACCGAGAGAACGUCGUGGGCACGGUCUCGCGCAUCAUCAUGGGCCCGCGCAACAGAAGCAGCGCAGGAAUAAGAGCGGAUCGGCCACAUUCUUCCAGCAACUCAUGCGGCCCAUUUCAAGCGCACUCUCCCUCGAUGUCGUCAGUGCUAGUGGCGAACACGCAUAUGUUGGGCGAACAGCAGCCGAACUUGACUUCGAGCCGAGCGGCAAGCCAGCGCUCGCGCUUAAUGUCGCCGAUGCUCGCGCGGCUGCGGCAGUCCGUGCAGAUCGCUCAUACUGUUUCACACUCGACACCGAGGACGGCGCUCGGUUCUUGCUACAGGCCCCCAGUAGGCGUGAAAUGGAUCGAUGGGUGCGCGUGCUAGGACAAGUCGGGAGAGCCGCGGCGCAGAGACGGUUGACGUACCUUGGAAGCGAGCCCAAAUCGCGGAUAGAGGACCACAUCCACGAUAGGCCGGCUGCGGGCGCAAGAGGUCCAGACGCAGUCUUUGGAGUGCCGCUUGAAGCGCUACUCAGACGGGAGUACCCUAGUGGUCCACCAGAAGGCGCAGUGCCGGUCUUCAUCGAGAGGUGCAUACAGGAGGUCGAGAGACGCGGGAUGGGAGAGGUUGGGAUUUAUCGUAUCGCCGGCGCCAACUCGGAGGUCAAUCGCUUGCGCGAGCAGUUCAAUGCAGGAAUGUGGCCCGUCACGGCCGAAACGGAUAUCUACGCGAUUUGCGAUAUGAUCAAGUCAUGGUUCCGUGUUCUACCCGAGCCGGUCUUCCCUGCCUACUCGUAUCACGACGUCGUGAACGCUAUGAAGAUCGAAGAGUUCGACGCUCGGCUCACACGCACACGCAUCGUUGUACACGCACUACCGCGACCAAACUUCGAUCUACUCCGACGCAUCAUCGAGCACCUCGAUCGAGUGACCGAUUUCGAAGAGCAAAACCAGAUGACACCCGACGCGCUGGCGAUCGUGUUCAGUCCCAAUCUACUGCGCGCUCCGGAUAACGACUUCCUCAUGAUCAUGGCGAAUAUGCCGCAUACUAACAAGCUGGUCAAAACGCUCAUAACCAACUUCCACUCCAUCUUUGACGCGGAGACUGCUGAUCAAGAAGACGAGGAUGAGGAGGGCGAAGAGCUCUACCUCGAGGAACCGAUACCCGAGGAGGACGAGGAUGCUGUGGUCGUCCUCGCCAUCGCCAAGUAUUACCCCACCACUCAGCAUACCCCCGACCUCAACAUCACCUAUCGCUUCAUAGUACCGCAUAGGGCGGCCCUGCAAGCUGUAUUCCCCUCUUUUCCACUCCGCCUCGUAGCUCCUACAUUGGCCCUCGUGCUUUACGGCCUGUUCUUCUUCUGUCUCUUCAUCGCAUGCGUUUCUAUGUCCACUGCAUCCUGUCUGUAUCCUCAACACCGAUCUUGCGUUCGAUAA